GCCGGACGCUGCUGAGCCCGAGGACAGGCGGAGACGCCGGGAGCCGGGGCGCCUGUGGCUCCGGGCAGGGGCCGCGGCCGAAAGAUGCCAGUCCGCAGGGGCCACGUCGCUCCCCAAAACACUUACCUGGACACCAUCAUCCGCAAGUUUGAGGGCCAGAGUCGUAAGUUCCUGAUCGCCAAUGCUCAGAUGGAGAACUGCGCCAUCAUUUACUGCAAUGACGGCUUCUGCGAACUCUUCGGCUACUCCCGAGUGGAGGUGAUGCAGCAACCCUGCACCUGCGACUUCCUCACAGGUCCCAACACGCCGAGGAGCGCCGUGUCCCGCCUGGCGCAGGCCCUGCUGGGGGCUGAGGAGUGCAAGGUGGACAUCCUCUACUACCGCAAGGAUGCCUCCAGCUUCCGCUGCCUGGUGGACGUGGUGCCCGUGAAGAAUGAGGAAGGGGCUGUCAUCAUGUUCAUCCUCAACUUCGAGGACCUGGCCGAGCUCCUGGCCAAGCACAGCAGCCGCAGAUUGUCCCAGCGCCUGUUGUCCCAGAGCUUCCUGGGCUCCGAGGGCUCUCACGGCAGGCCGGGCGGACCAGGACCAGGCAGAGGCAGGGGCAAGUACAGGACCAUCAGCCAGAUCCCGCAGUUCACGCUCAACUUCGUGGAGUUCAACCUGGAGAAGCACCGCUCCAGCUCCACCACAGAGAUUGAGAUCAUUGCGCCCCACAAGGUGGUGGAGCGGACACAGAAUGUCACUGAGAAGGUCACCCAGGUCCUGUCCUUGGGCGCGGAUGUGCUGCCCGAGUACAAGCUGCAGGCGCCGCGCAUCCACCGCUGGACCAUCCUGCACUACAGCCCCUUCAAGGCCGUGUGGGACUGGCUCAUCCUACUGCUAGUCAUCUAUACAGCCGUCUUCACGCCCUACUCAGCCGCCUUCCUGCUCAGCGACCAGGAUGAGUCGCAGCGUGGGGCCUGCAGCUAUACCUGCAGUCCCCUCACCGUGGUGGAUCUCAUCGUGGACAUUAUGUUCGUCGUGGACAUCGUCAUCAACUUCCGCACCACCUACGUCAACAACAACGAUGAGGUGGUCAGCCACCCCCGCCGCAUCGCCGUCCACUACUUCAAGGGUUGGUUCCUUAUCGACAUGGUGGCCGCCAUCCCUUUUGACCUCCUUAUCUUCCGCACUGGCUCUGAUGAGACCACGACCCUGAUUGGGCUACUGAAGACAGCACGGCUGCUGCGGCUGGUGCGCGUGGCACGGAAGCUGGACCGCUACUCUGAGUAUGGGGCAGCUGUGCUCUUCUUGCUCAUGUGUACCUUCGCGCUCAUCGCGCACUGGCUGGCCUGCAUUUGGUACGCCAUUGGCAACGUGGAGCGGCCCUACCUGGAACACAAGAUCGGCUGGCUGGACAGCCUGGGUGUACAGCUUGGCAAGCGCUACAACAGCAGCGACCCAGCCUCAGGCCCCUCGGUGCAGGACAAGUACGUCACAGCCCUCUACUUCACCUUCAGCAGUCUCACCAGCGUGGGCUUUGGCAACGUCUCGCCCAACACCAACUCCGAGAAGGUCUUCUCCAUCUGCGUCAUGCUCAUUGGCUCCCUGAUGUACGCCAGCAUCUUCGGGAAUGUGUCCGCGAUCAUCCAGCGCCUGUAUUCGGGCACCGCGCGCUACCACACGCAGAUGCUGCGGGUCAAGGAGUUCAUCCGCUUCCACCAGAUCCCCAACCCGCUGCGCCAGCGACUGGAGGAGUACUUCCAGCACGCCUGGUCCUACACCAACGGCAUUGACAUGAACGCGGUGCUGAAGGGCUUCCCCGAGUGCCUGCAGGCCGACAUUUGCCUGCACUUGCACCGCGCGCUGCUGCAGCACUGCCCGGCGUUCAGCGGUGCCAGCAAGGGCUGCCUGCGCGCCCUAGCCGUCAAGUUCAAGACCACGCACGCGCCACCUGGGGACACGCUGGUGCAUCUCGGCGACGUGCUCUCCACGCUCUACUUCAUCUCCCGAGGCUCCAUCGAGAUCCUGCGCGACGACGUGGUCGUGGCCAUCCUAGGGAAGAAUGACAUCUUUGGGGAGCCUGUCAGCCUCCAUGCCCGGCCAGGCAAGUCCAGUGCAGACGUGCGGGCUCUGACCUACUGCGACCUGCACAAGAUCCAGCGGGCAGACCUGCUGGAGGUGCUGGACAUGUACCCGGCCUUUGCGGACAGCUUCUGGAGUAAGCUGGAGGUCACCUUCAACCUGCGGGAAGCAGCUGGGGGUCUCCAUUCAUCCCCGCAACAGGCUCCGGGCAGCCAAGACCACCAAGGUUUCUUCCUCAAAGACAACCAGUCAGAGUUUCCCCAUGAGCUGGGGCCCCAGCUCCCCUCCCAGGGCUACAGACUCCUGGGUCCUGGGAGCCAGAACUCCAUGGGGCAUCCAGAUGCAGCCCCUCCCCUGAGCAUCUCAGAUGCAUCUGCCUUCUGGCCUGAGCUGUUGCAGCAAAUGCCCCCAAGGCAUAGCACGCCAGGCCCUCAGGGAGACCCACAGUGCUGGCCUCCGAAGCUGGGCUCCAGGCUAGAGCAGCUCCAGGCCCAGAUGAACAGGCUGGAGUCCUGCAUGUCUUCAGACCUCAGCCGCAUCUUACAGCUCCUCCAGCAGCCCAUGCCCCAGGGCCAUGUCAGCUACAUUCUGGAAGCCCCUGCCUCCAAUGACCUGGCCUUGUUUCCUAUCGCCUCAGAGACUCAGAGUCCAGGGCACAGGCUGCCCCAGGGAUUUCUGCCUUCUGCACAGACCCUGAGCUGUGGAGACUUGGACGACUGUAGUCCACAGCACAAGAACUCCUUCCCCGGGAUGCCUCACCUGGCUGUGGCAACAGACAAAAGUCUGGCACUAUCCUCUGGACAGGAACAGCCUGAGGGGCUCUGGCCACCCCUGGCCUCACCUCUGCAUCCCCUGGAAGUACAGGGACUCAUCCGUGGUCCCUGCUUCUCCUCCCUUCCUGAACAGCUUGGCUCUGUUCCCAAGCAGCUGGAGUUCCAGAGACAUGGUUCAGAUCCUGGAUUUGCAGGGAGUUGGGGCCACUGAACUCCAAAAUAAAGACACCAUAAGGGUAUUGAAGGUGGGCAAAGUGAUAAUUAAGGAUCUUGGGGAGGCAGACAGCCUCCCAGAUGGGCUUCUCCUAGAGUAGCUACAACUGCUGAUCCAGGUGACCAGGAUGGCAUGGGUGAAGAGGCUCAGGACUUUUCCCAGCCUCCUCUGUGGCUUCAUUUAGGCAGCAAGCCUGGUGGAGGGUGGGAGAGUCUCAGGUGUGGAGGCAGCUUACAGGAUGGAGAGGGCAGUGAAGAAAGAGGUUUCUGAUCUACAUGAGUACCUUGCUCUGGGCUGCAUGUGAUCACCUCCCAGCUCAAAACCCUCCACCACCUCAUGGCCCAGCACCAAGGCCCGGGGUUGGUCAGAACUCUUACCAUGGAGCCUCCAACCUGGCUGGAGAUGGAAUCUGUGGUAGACAUGUUAGGACAGACCUCCAGCCCUCUGCUCCUGAUGGUUCUGUGACAUUGGGUCUCCUGAGGGCAGUGGAGUGUCACACAGCUAAUAAAGUGCACAUUUCAUGUUG